GAUGAGCAUGCUUGUUUCGAUAUUGUUCAUUUUUAUAGGCGGCUGCAGCGCUGCCUUGUUCUCAUGCCAAGAUGAGAAGACCGGACAUAUUGCACAGUACGACAACGCCAAUGAGACAUGUGUGAAGGGUGUAGUUAAACAAAAAACGACAACGAUCGCAACGACAACAUUGCCCUCUGCAACAACUGACUACAAUCAAACUACCAGCAUCAUUUUGUCGCCACUCUUGAUGCACAUGUGCUCAAUUGGUAAAGACCUACAAGAAGGGCACACGUGUUGUGGUGUGUACACCAAUUACCAACCUGAGUUUGAAACUUGCUGCGAAAUUACGAUGACGAAAACAAAAGUGCAUUCAGGGAAACCGGACAAAGACUACACGUGUUGCCGAGACGACAUUACUACAAUCUAUAAACGAACGGAUCUGCCGUGUCCCUACCACCAAGCGAACAACGACAAGUUCUGGAAGGCCCUGCGAGUUACUGCUCUCUUUAAGUCCCCUAAACUCCUGAAUCAGGCCUGUCUAACAAAGAAAGUAUAUUUUGGCCGAGUGAAAUACGUGAACAUACCCUCAGCUAUUUACUCGGACCUGGAAAUUCUCUUAAACAAGCUUGACUUGAAGUCUUCAACCUUACAAGUGCUGGACGAAAAGGUCAACCUGUACAUUGAAAAGGAUCGCCACAGACCAGAGCCAGCAAUACUUCAAGGAAAAUACUUUCUGAUCAUCACAAAAAAUCAGCAGCCCACAGAAACACCGUCCUUCAUAAACGUCAAGAAUGACGCCGUGUAUAAACUUGCGACAUCGCGUGAACGUGCAAUUAAUAAACUGCAUAAUUUGUUUAAGUUGUGCAAGAGUCUGUCACGUUGAGCCCUGGAUUGCCGCUUAAUAAGAGUAAGCUGCGUUUGCGUCCAGGGAGCGGCGAGUGUUAAAUUGAUGUCAGGAAAGCACUUGGAUAUUUUUUUAUAGCGUUUUGUUUCAGUUAUGAUUGCCGAUGAGUUAACGGAUUUCGGUGUUUUACGUGGUUUGAACAUACACUGUCUAUCUAGAAAUUGUUUUCUCAAAUAGUUUCCACCGACAUUAUCUUAUACAUACAUGAAAGUGUACACAUUUGUCUCGCUUAGUGUGCUAAUCCUUGGAAAUUAGAGUUUACGGUGCGGAGUUUCGAAAUCAAGAAAUAGCUGAAAUCCUUGAGAUGAAGAGACACCAAAGUUCGAAGGAAUUAAUGCAGAUAAAUGUAUUCAGUCACUAUAAAACGGAUUUUUAACAAUCAAGAUUUGUAUGAACUAUACGAACUAUAAAACUACUGUAUUCCUGAAUAUUUUGUUGGUAAAUGAUAAGAACGUUAUUUGUUCAUAAUAAAUUGUUAAACAUUUAUUUUAAAAAUAAUUGGACAAAGACGCCUGUGUAAAAAAUUACUAAAUCUUGCUUGAAAUACUACAUUUUAAAGCACGUUAAUACAUGUUAAAAUGCUGUAUUUCAAUAUACAUUAACACAAUAAGGCAUCCCCCCCACACACAC